AUCCCUUCAUAUGGAGGACAAAGGGAACAUUCCCCACUUUAAGGGUCAGCAUGAAUACAAGGGAAUAGUUUUUCCCAACAUCGUCCUUGAUUCCAGUAUUGAACGACUUAAGUCUUUUCAAGUACGAGACGAUGACAUCUGGAUUGUGACUUUCCCCAAAGCCGGUACACAUUGGAUGAUGGAGAUAAUUGGCCUUAUCCUCAGCGGUGGUGACCCAGACAAAAUAGACCGAUCUCUAUACUGCAACACUGUAGAGAUGAUCAACUUAGAUCAACGUUUCCCUCAAACCGAGGAAGAAGAGAAGCUUCACCCACUUGACAUGUCUCCGUUCUUAGACGUUAUCGAGAGGGCGCCCUCCCCAAGAGCCAUGCUCACGCAUCUGCAGUUUGAUCUUUUACCACGUGACAUACUCAAAUCAAAGAUCGUCUACCUUGCCCGUAAUCCCAAGGAUAUGAUAGUAUCAUGGUUCCAAUUCAUCGGGUAUAAUCCAGCAAAGCCACUGACCAUGGAAAAGUCGAUUGAAGAGUUUGUCGAUGGCAAAAUGCAAUGGGGUCCAUGGCCAGUACACGUUCGUACGUUCUGGGAGCUUAAAGACCACGAGAAUGUCACUUUUAUUUUCUAUGAGGAUUUGAAGAAGGAACCAGCAAAAUACAUUGAGAAAAUCGCCAAGGGCAUUGGUCACCCUCUGUCGGAGGAGGUUCUACAGAAAGUGGUAAAGUUUAGCCAUAUUGACUCGCAGAAAGCUACUUUCAAGAAAUUGGAGGAAAGUGGAAAAGUCAACUACGUGAAAGCUUCAGGCGAAUUAGCUUUCCUAAAUAAAGGAGUCAGUUAUCGUUGGAAGCAAUUCUUCACUGUAGCACAGAACGAGGCCUUCGAUGAAUGGUAUCAAGAUAAUAUGGCGGACACCGAUCUCAAGUUUACAUUCGAGUGAAUAAACGCAGACCUCAUUCCCGGCUUAGAUACCAUUAUUAAAGGAAUCUAAUAAAUCUGGAACUUAAGUUUCGAAACAAUUUAUUUAGGGCUAUUUUUUCAUAAAACCCGUUUUUGGUUACACGUGUUUCGAUAACAUAUAGACCGCACAAUCAUAACCUGUAUCUCCGCCAGUCAGAGACUUCAAAAUCUCUUCUUGUAACCAACGAAAUUUUGAAUCGUUCCAAAACAAGAUUCCGUUAAAAAAUAACGGCACUGAAUUAUAUAAGGCCAGGUCACAGCGCCAAAACUUAGCUUGAGCAUUCCUGGAGCGGUGAAAAAAUUCAUUACCGCUCGUUACUGUUCACCACCGUUUAGCAGAAGUUGGCUUCCAUGGAGGCAGAGUUGAAUAUGCUCGGCCACCGUUGAUAGUCCAUCUUACCGCUCCGAAGGUUUUGAACUGCACAAAAUAUUGCGAAAGGUGAGGAGCGGGCAAUUUUCCGCUCCGGCAAAGUUCACCACAGCUCCAGCAACGCCCAGUAAAAAUUUGGCACCGCUAGACGCAAGUUCGUGGACGCUCGGGUCCGCGAGGCCAACGCAGAAAUCUUGAAUGCUAGACCACCGCUGCUUAGCCAGCUUUUUCCGGGUGUUGAUUAAACGUUGCACAAACUUUGGAGGAGCGGUUGUAAACGUUUUACGAUCGGACAUGAGAUUGCUGCAUGAACUGGUUUGGCGUUGGUAUGUAGGUGUCGGAGCGGGACCAGCAUUUUGGUAUAAAUACGGGGAGAAAUCGACCAAACCCAUUUGGAAUCUAUCCCCGGGGGGGCCACUUCCAUCGGGUGGAUACCAUGCGCGACCAUGGGGUCUCGAAAAGCACCCUAAACACGUA